GGAAUCGGCGCGGCAGUAGCCCACAACCUGGCCAGCAAGGGGUGUUCGCUGCUGCUAAACCACAGCUCUCCCACCUCUCUCGCGGCAAUAAAAGAAGUACACAGCAGCCUGGCACGCCAAUACCCAUCCGUGUCCGUCUCCAUCAUCUGUGCGGACCUUGGGAGCGUCAGCGGUCCCUCAUCCGUGAUCGCUGCCGCCGGCGGCCGUCAAAUCGACAUAAUCAUCAACAACUCUGGCACGUCAGGGAACCACUACCUUGGUGCGGUAACGGCCGACGAGUUCACGCGGCAGUACGACGUCAAUGUCCGUGGUCCGCUGCUGCUGGUGCAGGCGGCCGUGAACUCCCUGCCGAAGGACCGCUCAGGCAGGAUUGUGAAUGUUAGCAGCAUCAGCGCGAGUAUGGGACUCAUGGCGCAGAGCGUCUAUGGUGGUACCAAGGCCGCCCUGGAGGCUAUGACGAGGACGUGGGCGAGGGAGCUCGCCGAGAGGGCCACCGUUAAUGCUAUCAAUCCCGGGCCGGUCGAUACUAGGAUGUACGGGACGACAUCUCCCGAGUUCCACGACCAGAUGCGGCCGCUGCUGCAGCUGACGCCGCUGGCACAGCUGAGCGCGGCCGAGAAGGCGGGCGUUUACAAGGACCGGGUGGACCUGUACGCGGGGACUGGAGGGCGCUGGGGAACGCCCGAGGAGGUGGCGGGGAUUGUCGGCAUGCUUUGUAGUGCCGAUGCGCAGUACUGUACCGGCCAGGUUGUGUGUGCCAAUGGAGGGAUGGUCAUGCUCAGAUAGAUAGAGUGGGAGAGAUGGGAGAGGGUUGUGUGCGUCAAGCAUAUGUGUUCAUCAGCUAGAUUUCGUGAUGAGCUGGUAUAUAUACCUAAAACAGUGGGAGAAAGUAAAAAUACAAGCAAAAGUAAAAGGGUUAUCCACUCGAGCCAAGUAAGAAGGAGA